AUGACCUCUACUGUAGGUCCACCGCCAUACUAUGAAAAUCAUGGCUUUCAGCCAGAAAACAUCUAUUCUGCCAGGCAGCCAGUAGGUGCUAACCCCUAUCCACAGUACUACUCAACACAUGUUCCGUCAGUGCCAAGCUAUGUCCCAAGGGUUGCUACCCAUCAGUCAACUAGGCCAGUAGCACGUUCAUCUGGGAGAACAUGUUCAUCAAGUGUAAAGAAAACCAUAGUCAUUAUAUUAUCCAUUUUACUAGUCAUUUGUUGUGCAAUUGCUGCUUUCUUCAUCUGGUAUUUUGUAGAGAAUCGUUGUCUCGGCUCCUUAAUAGAGUGUGGAUCCUCAGGAGUGUGCAUGCCGCCCUCCCAGUGGUGCGAUGGAGUGAGCCACUGCCCCAACGGCGAGGACGAAACCCGGUGUGUUAGACUUUUUGGACCAAACUUUAUCCUGGAAGUUUAUUCACCUGUCAGCAAAUCCUGGUAUCCUGUUUGUCAAGAUGGCUGGAAUGAUGAUUAUGGGAGGACUGCAUGCAAAGACCUGGGCUACAAUGUAGAUACGUAUUACUAUAGCCGAGGGGUAGCACCUGAAGUCAGCUUUAAAAGCUACAUGAAGCUGAACACAAGUGCUGGGAAUACAGAUUUGUACAAAAAGCUGUAUAGCAGUGAUUCCUGUGCAUCAGGAAGUGUGGUUUCUCUGCGCUGCAUAGAGUGCGGCCUGUCCACCAAAAGCGUGAACAUCAUGAACAGAAUCGUGGGUGGCAGCGGGGCAGUGCUGGGGCAGUGGCCAUGGCAGGUCAGCCUCCAUGUGCAGGGCAUCCAUGUCUGCGGGGGCUCCAUCAUCACCCGCCAGUGGAUUGUGACAGCGGCACACUGCGUGGAAGGAAGAUUUUCUGACCCGUACAACUGGAGGGUUUAUGCUGGGAUUCUGAAUCAGAAUGAGAUGCUCUUAAGAAAUGGAUACAGAGUGCAACAGAUAAUUUCCCAUCCGGAUUAUGAUACAGAUUCUAAAGACAAUGAUGUUGCCCUUAUGAAGUUAGAGACACCGCUGCGUUUUACUGAUGUGAUACAGCCAGUUUGUCUGCCUAAUCCAGGAAUGAUGUUCCAACCUAAUCAGCAGUGCUGGAUAUCUGGGUGGGGAGCAGAGUACCAAGGAGGUAAAACGUCAAAUAAUUUGAAUUAUGUUAUGGUGCCCUUAAUAGAACGUUCUAGGUGUAAUUCUGUCUAUAUCUAUAAUGGCAUGAUUUUGCCGACAAUGAUCUGUGCUGGAUAUCUAGCAGGAGGAAUUGAUUCCUGUCAGGGUGACAGUGGAGGUCCGCUAGUAACUAAUAAAAACUCUGUGUGGUGGCUGGUUGGAGAUACCAGCUGGGGAACUGGCUGUGCUAGUCCCAACAGACCUGGAGUGUAUGGGAAUAUGACUGUGUUUACAGAUUGGAUUUAUAAGAAUAUGCAGGCAAACCGAUGACAAUGCUGCCUGUCCUUGCUGAUCGAUGUUUCUGAGAACAAGAAUAUGUGAAGCCAUGGGUGCCUGGGAUAUUUAUUCACUUUGCAAAUGA